AUGUUCCGGAGUUUCAAGUUCCCUGAUCGGAUCUGCAGGGGAACCAGGUUGAGAGGAGCUUCACGAAGAGUAAGAUGGUGCAAAGAGAAGCACUGCAUAGGAACGUGGAAUGUAAGAUCCAUGUAUCAAGGAAAACUAGACAUAGUGAAAAGAGAAAUGGAGAAAAUUAACAUCGACGUAUUGGGAAUAAGGGAAAUGAGGUGGACUGGCAUGGGAGAAUUUGCUUCGGGUGGCCAUAUGGUGUAUUAUUCUGGGCACGAUAACAACAGAAGUAAUCGAGUAGCCUUCAUUAGUGAUAAAGUGAGAAAAGCUGUAAUGGGAUGCAAAUAUAAAAAUGAUAGAAUGAUGUCCAUCAGACUUCAAGGUCAGCCCCUCAACAUCACAGUAAUUCAAGUUUAUGCACCAACAACCAAUGCUGAAAAGGAAAUUAUUGAGCAGUUCUAUGGAGAUUUACAAAAAUUACUGCUGUCAACACCAAAAAAGGAUAUAGUCUUCAUAGUUGCAGAUUGGAAUGCAAAAGCGGGAAAUCAAGCUGUAGACGGUAUAACAGGGAAAUAUGGUCUUGGUACAACAAAUGAAGCAGGACAGAGACUCCUAGAAUUCUGCCAAGAAAAUUCAUUGACAAUUACUAAUACACUGUUUCAACUACCAAAACGACCCCUGCCAGAUGGCCAACACCGGAACCAAAUUGAUUACAUACUUCGUAAUCAGAGGUGGAAGAGCACGGUUCAGUCAGGUACAACAAGACCUGGGGCUGACUGUGGAUCAGAUUAUGAGGUCCUGAUUGCAAAAUUUCGGCUGAAACUUCAGAAUGUAGCAAAAAGUACAACAAUGGCCAUACCUCAUCAGGUCACCACAGUCGCUCUGAGCAACACCAUGCAACUACUGCACAGCAAUAACUCGGUGGGACCAACACAAAACAACAACUACGGGAACCACCCACUGUCCAUCAAACUACACCUGCUGCCCAUUCACACAGACUCACCAGAAGUGUGGUCUGCUUUAUGCGAAUGUAUGAUGAGGCCAGGAGAGACAGGACAGCCAGAGACAGCUUGUAUACUUUGCAACCAUCUCCGUGAACAAGCGGAUCUUGUCAGCGAUCUGCUGCUGAGUACUCCAAACACGCACAAGUAUGAGAUGGCGAAGUCACUAAUAUUGCAACGAAUAUCACACAAGUUGGAGCAACUACUGCACCAUACCAUAAACGAGAUGAUGCUGGCGACAAUACACCAUCGGUGUUAUGGUGCAAACAGCACCUGA